ACAUCUCUAUAAAUGGUGAGUCCUUCACCUAGAUUGUUCAUAUCUCCAGUGCUCAGCAGAUAUGGCACCGGUGACCGGCGCUCUCAUUCUUCUCAUUCUGUGCUGUGCAGGAGCAUUAGCAGACAACCAUGACAAACCACCACCACCAUCAGAGAAACCGGGAGGAUGCCCAAUAUCUCCAUAUAGACCGUGUGAUCCAUUUCCUGAAGAUGAAUGCAAAUCAGACGCAGAAUGUACAGGAAACAAGAAGUGCUGCUACUAUGGAUGCAAUAGAAAUUGCAGGGUUCCCGUCAAGGAGAAGCCCGGGAGAUGCCCACCACCCAGCAUCGUGUGCUUACCUGUGUUUCCCAGUGUGUCGCCUCCAAAAUGUAGAGUGGACAGUGAUUGUACAGGAAACAAGAAAUGCUGCAUCAUAACAUGUGGUCCAGAGUGCAUCAAUGUGUAA